AGCCUCGGCAGUGGCGUCGGCGACGGCGGAGUCGAGGCAGCCGCGAGCGCUCGGCCGAGUGGCGGCGGGCGGCGACGGCGCAGGAGCCGGGGGUUGAGGACACGCGCGCUGGCCCUUCCGCGCCGCGGCCGCCGCCGCCGCCGCCACCCAGAGCCUGAGGCGCCGGGGCGCGGGCGAGCGGGUGGGCCGGGGCAAGGCGGGCAUGGCGCGGACCCCGGGCCCGGCCCUGUUGUGUCCUGGAGGCGGCAAAGCACAACUUUCCUCGGCGUCUCCUCCCGCGGCCGGACUCCUGCUGCCGGCCCCGACGCCGCCGCCGCUGCUGCUGCUGCUCAUUCCCCUGCUUCUCUUCUCCCGGCUCUGUGGUGCCUUAGCUGGAUCAAUUAUUGUGGAGCCGCAUGUCACAGCAGUGUGGGGAAAGAAUGUGUCCUUGAAGUGUUUAAUUGAAGUGAAUGAGACUAUCACACAGAUCUCAUGGGAGAAGAUACACGGCAAGAGCACACAGACCGUUGCGGUGCAUCAUCCUCAGUAUGGAUUCUCUGUUCAGGGAGAGUAUCAGGGAAGAAUCUUGUUUAAAAACUAUUCACUUAAUGAUGCAACAAUUACUCUGCAUAACAUAGGCUUCUCAGAUUCUGGAAAAUACAUAUGCAAAGCUGUCACAUUCCCACUUGGAAAUGCCCAGUCCUCUACAACUGUGACUGUGCUAGUUGAACCCACCGUGAGCCUGAUGAAAGGGCCAGACUCUUUAAUUGAUGGAGGAAAUGAGACCGUAGCAGCCGUUUGUAUAGCGGCCACUGGAAAACCAGUUGCACGUAUUGACUGGGAAGGGGAUCUCGGCGAAAUGGAAUCUACUAUAACUUCUUUUCCCAAUGAAACAGCAACGAUUAUCAGCCAAUACAAGCUGUUUCCCACAAGAUUUGCUAGAGGAAGGCGAAUUACUUGUGUUGUAAAACAUCCAGCCUUAGAAAAGGACAUUCGAUACUCUUUCAUACUCGACAUCCAGUAUGCUCCUGAAGUCUCAGUGACAGGAUAUGAUGGAAAUUGGUUUGUGGGAAGAAAAGGUGUUAACCUCAAGUGUAAUGCUGACGCAAAUCCUCCACCCUUCAAGUCUGUGUGGAGCAGGUUGGAUGGAGAAUGGCCUGAUGGUUUAUUGGCGUCAGACAAUACUCUUCAUUUUGUUCAUCCACUGACUUUCAAUUAUUCUGGUGUUUAUGUCUGUAAAGUGACAAAUUCCCUUGGUCAAAGAAGUGAUCAAAAGGUCAUCUACAUUUCAGACAUCCCGCUUAAGCAGACCUCAUCCAUAGCAGUGGCUGGAGCUGUGAUUGGAGCUGUCCUGGCCCUCUUCAUCAUCGCUGUCUUUGUGACUGUGUUGCUGACACCUCGGAAAAAGAGACCAUCCUAUCUUGACAAAGUAAUCGACCUUCCACCUACACAUAAGCCACCCCCUGUAUAUGAAGAACGAAUUCCUUCUCUCCCUCAGAAAAACCGUCUGUUCCAGACUGAACGCUUGCCUUUGCAGACUCAGUUCAAAGAGAAAGGAGCUGGUGGUCUUCAGCCCCCUAAUGGACCAAUUAGGAGACUUGACUAUGAGGAUGAGAACACAGUGCAAGAAGAUGGGACUCAGCAGAUGUGCCCCCUUUAUAACCAGAUGUGCCACCAAGACCGAAGCCCUCACCAACAUCGCCCACGCAACCCCGAGAGACUCUACAUCAACCCAAGAGAACAUUAUGUGUGAUUUUCCUCAUUAUAAAGGGUGUUCUAACCAAUGCCUAUUAGACCUGAGAGAGAAACUGAGGCAUCUAAACGAUUUUAGUCUUAAGGGUGUUGGAAUGCUCAAUGGAUGAAUCAGAGCUAAGGGGAGAUUGCUUGACUUCAUUAAGGGCUCCUUACCCACCAGCUGUGUGUGUGAGCUCACCUGUAGCUUCCCUUCGCUGUAACUCUGCAGCUUAGCUACUAACACUUGGCCUACCUUAGUGUGUUCCUUUGAAGGGGAGGCCCCAGCUGCUGGCAGCCACUCUGCUUGGGUCUCGGGCAGCACGCGUCUGAAAUUUAAACAGGUGGACAGAUGGGCUCCCAAUCCAGUUUACUAAUUAUUAAGCCGGGAUUUAGAUUUCCCUAGCAUCUCAGUACCAUAACAAUACCUGCGAACGAGGGUGAGGGGGAAGCAGCAGACUGCUGUAUCUAGCCAAUAACAAAGACAAGGGGAAGUGGCAAGGCUUGUGUGCUUGUGAACCAGUGUUAGUGCUGUGUGUCCUUCCUGGCCACUAGGCUUCAAGGGCUCCACGGGGCCAGCUGCCCUCUGUCCCCUAGUGACCAGCAUGUCUAGUCUUGUCAACUUUGUCCCUGUUGCUGCAGCCUUGUGUUCCACUGGCCAGAUUUCCCACCUCUUGAGUCCUAAAAACCCCUGCCAAGAUGGGAUGCCCUCCUUUUAGCCUUGUCCCUCUUUGCUUACACAGGACAAAGUCAGUGCUCACUUCUUAAAGCUUUCAAGGCCCUCUCACCACACAGGUUUUAGCUAGCUAUUCUUCUGCAUCCUUUCCUCCUCCACGUCUUAUCUACCUCAAGAGAGAGAGAGAGAAAGAUUGAAGAAAACCUAUUGAAAAUUACCACAAAAUAACCCCCACGCUUAAAUCUUACAAGCCUGGCGGAAAAUUUGAAAACUAAUUUUUUUAAAGCUACUUCAAUAUGACUAAAUCUGCAUGUCCUCUCUUCUCCUCCCCGUAAUCACUUGGUCAGAAAGCCCGAAGAGAUGCUACACAGUGGAUAGCAGUAGUACUCUCUGCCAGGGUAGGCAGCCGCGGUGCUGCACUGUGAUGCCCUGAUGCCUGCUCCUCCUGCCUGCCUGGAGUUCUAGAACUUAACUUCCCUCUGCCAGCUGUCCAUCACCGACAGUGGAGGUCACAGAGGGAAACGUAAAGGCAAAACAAUCCUUGAUACAUCUUAAGAAUAGUGUCGCUUUAUUGUGUAUCCUGGAAAGGGCAGAGAGUGCUCCAGUAUUAAGCAAUAAAACACUGUGUACUUGUUACACAUUUUUUUUUAAAAAAAGAAAACAGUAUAAACAGGAAAAUAAUUAGUAUACAUUUCUAGCCUGAGCCUCAAGAGGAAACGAGACCAUUACCAGAUUUACAGUGAUACGCCAAAGGCGCCUAUUCACACUGUGCUGGCCUGGGUUCUCCUUUGCUUUCUCUUUUCGUCAGGCUUUGUGGGCUAAGUCAUAGAGGUGGCUCCAUUCCCCGGGUGAUGGGCAGCUCUAGGAGCAAACUUGCUCCAAUUGCCUCUCAUAUCUUCAGCAGGGUUAGCGUUUUCAGAAGAUGCAGCCCAAAGCACCUAGAGUUGGUCCUCUGGCCCCUCACUGCAGUACUUGAUUUACUUUACUGCCUUUAUAGCAAAGUUGAUGGCCAGCUUCAUUGCUCAGAAUGCCAUUGCGAAGCCAAUGUAACAAAUGUAUAGGAUUCCCUGUGAAUGUUUCCCAGUAGUUGGGGUUGUACUGAGAGCUUUCUUUGACCCGGGAGCAUUUCGUAAUACUUGAUGGUAGGGCCCAGAGUGCAGCACCCCCUCCUUCAGAAGGCUUUAAAAAUACCUUAAUACUGAAGACAGUUUCUAGAAUCCUGCUGGGAAGUGGAUUGUAGAAUCCACACCACAAAAGCACAUUGUGGAGGUAGGGAGAGGGGCGGGAUGUCUUAGUUUGUGCCAGAGAAAAGGAUUUGGAAGUCUUUUGUCCUGUCCUUAGCAUCGUCCCAGGAGGAACCCACUGUCUACCUUUCUUAGUAUUGUUAUGAAAAAGUUAUUUUAGGGUGUGGGAUCUGUCUGCUGCCAGCAAGUUCACUAAUGUCUGCAACUCCUGGCUAUGAAAGUCCUUGGGCAAACUGCUAUAUUUUUUGAUAGUUGUUGGCCCCAAACAUGGGUCACAUAGACUUCAGAAUAGCUUACUCCAGCACCUCCUGUCUGUUCUCUAUUUAAAAAGAAAAAGUCAGCUAAAUACAGAUCAUCUUUAAAAGGGUUUGAUUAACCAGUCCCCUCAACCAAAGAAUGCCAUCCAAAAUUAGUCUGCUGACCUCUGAAUUUGGAGCACUUGAUGGUGCCAUUUAAAUUUGGAAGUUAGACUGUAAAGGUCAGUAAGUGAGUUUGAGGGACAUAUCCGCAGCUGGUCAUGCUCUCCCCAUUACUGUUUCAUUAAAGUUCAUGGAGACAGAAGUAAACCCCCAGAGCAGAUUUCCCAUGCGCUGCUCCCAUUCUGCAUUCCAAGGAGGCAGGGGUGCAUGCUAAGCCUCACCACAGCCCCCAUUGCCUAUUUCACCUGCCAGCAUUGUGGCGACAGUACUAGACCACCAGAUUCAUGGCAUCACAAUCCACUGAAGUAUCAUUACUGGCUAGGAUCAGCCUGGCUUAAUGGAAUGUGCAUAUAAACUCGUCAUGUGCUAUGUCUUCCAUGACAGUUCCCUCCAUGCCAGACGUUUUGCAUGGUCUAAAUGUGAAGAUAUUGUCAUGCUUUGGAGUAUAUGACAUUCUUACCUGUCUUACACACACACACACACACACACACACACACACACACACACACGAGAAAGAGACUAAAGAAAUACCCAUUAAGUGACCUGGUUCUUGCCAUUGCUAUUAUUUUCUAUGUCCUGGUCACUGCUAAACAGAACCAAGUCCUUCACCCCAAGUUGUCUUUCAUAGAAGUCUAAGUCUCCAGAAUUGUGUGUGUUGUCGCUUGUCUUUUCUUAUUCUCACUCUCCUCCUGGUGCUGUUCUUGCUGUACAGUAGAGCCUGCCUUGAAAUUAGAGGAUCUGCCAUUCUCAGAAUCAACAGAUCUAUACCCAGCAUUAACCCCGAGUGUGAAAUCUUAGGAGACUAACCUGAAAUGUCUCAGGUAUCCGCUGUCCCGGCCCAUGAACCUGAGGCUUUCCCUGUCAGCUGUGCAGAACUGUGACAAGAGCUAAACUAGGGGAUGGUGAGUGAGAAACUUCUCCACAACCUGACAAGUACCCAUGACUCUGCUGUUUGACUUUCAGCUUCCCAUACCUUUGCCAGUCUUUAGAGUACUAGAAUGUUCCAGGAGAGCCUUCAACAGUGGGCAAAUUCAAUCUGAUCAAGUCUGAAUAUAGCCAAUUGCAAAGUGCAGACAUUCCAUUAUUACAAUAAACGUUUAUUCCAUAAAGUAUUUCACAUCUGGGCCAUGGAGGUGGAUCCUCUGAUAAAGGCACUUGCCAUGCAAGCCUGGGGUCCUGAGUCCAAUCCCUGGUGAUAACAUAGAAGUAAAAGAGUGACAAGGGCCACAACAUGACUGGCCCACUUACCCCCACUUGAGCUCAUACACCUCAUGCAUAUGCAAUAAUAAUAAUAAAUAUUGUUAGAAGGUUCAUCUCUGGCAGGCUUUAGGUAGGAUUGCAGAGACAUAUAUUAGAAUUCAUGGUUGUUCCUGUUAUAAAUUUCACUGUUAAUAAGUACCUUUACUGAGUGCAGGAUAGGUUCUAGGGCCAGCAUCCUACAUGAAUCAUCUCACUAGAUAGGCUCGCAUCCCUGUUCUGUCCUCUUUCAAGAGCUCCCAUGGGAACAGACAGGUUCCUACUCCCAUACCAUCCAGUUGUAGUCAUGCAGAUCGUCAGUCAACUGUUAUCUCCAAACCUGCUUUGUUUGAAGGGGUGGGGGCAUAGUCUUGGUUUUCUUUUUAGGGCAGCGUGAUAGCCUGCACAUAAAACUGUAAGAAAUGUUAAAGCAGAAAGCAAGUGCACAUACUCACCUUCGCCCUGUAAAUAUUCAGACACUCUUCCAUCCAUUAGGUUAUGAGACAAAGGCCAGCCAAGCAAAUCAGAUAAAGAAGCCUACACCAAUGGGUUUGCUUUUACAGGGCACUGACUUCUAACAUUCUCUCCUAAUCUUAAUUCGGCACUCUUCUUGCUGUUUGCCUCUGUACAAUAAAGAUUCACCUCCCAGGGUGGCAACACUCAUCCUGCAGACAGCUAGAAAGAAGCCAGAGAAGGGUAGAAAGGGUGAAACCUCGAAAUGCUAAUGUCACACCUCCUGCUCCCUGGCUUUGUGUGUCUCUGUUCUGGUGCCUGAAUGACAAGUCUUCAUCCUUAGGUCAUUCAGAGACUAAAAGAAUCCAGGACUUUUAUCCAUAUUAAACCAAAAGCUAAUGUUAGCAAACCCAGUUAACGGUAAAAUGUUACUAUAGUAAUCUUUUCACAGCAGAUGACAUGUAUGGAUUUCUUCCACUUAGGAAUAGACUCUGGUCUUCAUUAGAGUGAAGGCUGGUCUGGAAGUCUUUGGUAGAUGUGUAAGGGCUACCUGCCUCCAGCCCAACCUCACCAGGUGACACCUUAUACCGGAAUUGGUCUUUAGCCCGAGGACUACAUCACGUGUGCUAAUAAGCCAGGAAGCCACCAGUCUCCUAUACCAGACUCUGCCCUUCCUUCCGGGCAAACCAACAACAUCCCAUGCCUAUCUGCAAGAGCUAUCAGAAAUAAGUCCAGCAGUUCUUCCUGAUUCAGUGAGCUGGACUGCUAUUCUCUUUGGUAUAAAUCAUGUAUCUCAGUCUGUUGGGCUUCCUCACGGGAGGACUGACCCUAUGUAAUUUGAGUCACCAAACCAUUAACACCACCAAGUUGACCACAGAAUCUAGUCACUCACUGGAUCAACAAAGGCUAGGGUGGAGCUUCAAGUGAAGUAUGCGGUACCAGCGUCUGGAGCGAGGAGAGAUUUGCUGAAGGCCCCUGGAAGAUGCGCAUUCCCAAUAUGGAUGCAUCAGAUAAUAACCAGCCAUCCCUAGAGGCAUACUAAAACUGAUCAGCAUGUUUGAAAAUAAUUUUAAAGAUUAAGCCCAGUGCAACAGAAUUCGGUAAAGAUUUCUCAGGUUGUCCUGACCACAGGAUGGGGGUGGGGCUGUUCACUGCUCUGAAGUCAGGAACCUGUUGAAGAGUUACUGACAUUUAUCUUUAGUAACGAGUGUUAUCUUGGGUUGCACUGUCAGUGCUAUGCAGAUUUAUGGGAAAGACGAAAAUAUCUGUGAAUUGACCAACUGACAGGCAUUUGCCCUCUUGGGCUACAAUUCCACAGUGGAUUUAUCACACUUGUCACCAGGAAACACUACAUAGGGGGCAGGUCACUUAGAUAAUGAAGAGAGCUGCACUUGGUGUUUCAAGUUCUAAUGACUAUCACAGUCUUCAGUAAACGAAGGGGCCUUUUGGAACUAGGUCAGUCUCCUGCCAGUCUAAGGUGGGAGGCUACACAGUUGCCCCUUCAUGGGUUUACCCAAAACAUUUCUAGGAUCAGAUCUCAUGGGACCACACAAUGGCUGCUUUUGUGACCUACACUGGAUUGAGUGUAUCUCCUGGAAUUUGGCUGUAGAAGGUAAUUAGAGGAGACCCCAAGGGACAUCCUCCCUGGGAAUCCGUAACAUCAGAUUUGCUACAGUGACUUAGGACUGAGCCCUGUCCCCAACCCAGAUGUGUCUGACAGCCGUGAAGAGAUGGAUUCUUUGUCUUCCUCAGAGGUUAAUUUCCCUCAAUGACACGCAGUAGAUCUAUGAAGCCCCGAGUUAACACACAGUUUUUCAAGUGAAUGGACACCAUUGCUUUGGUUUUCAGCACUAUUUUUAAGAACAAUCAGGAUAUUAAAUCCAGUCGAGUGUAUUUAUCAAGCUAAAGUAAAUUCCUCUCUGAAAUCUUAUGACCCACCCCAGUGUUCGUUAUGUUUUGAGUAGAGGCAGCAGAAGUUUAUUCUGCAUGUAUUAGUUUACUGCAGGGUACCCCAUGGCUCAGUCACACCUCUGUACUCUCACAUGCUCUCACUAGACAUAAGUGCAAAGAGUCUCUUCGAUGGAGUACAUCCCACCCAGAGUGUCCAGCGUCUUGGUUUCACGGUAUACUUGAAAUCCCAAAUCCUCUGUAAAAAGUGUAUGCUAAGUAGCAGGUAUUGCUACCAGAUCCCCAAAUUAUUCCAUUUGUCUAUAAAAGUUCCUAUUGCUCCUCUCCCUUCCGCUUCUAGCUCUAAGCCAGCGCUACAAUAUACCAUCCAUCUCCAGCCUGUUUGCUCCCCCUCCAUGUGGUCCUCACCCCUCAACCUGUCUACUUGGCAGCUUUGUCCCUUCAAGUCACUGCUCUCUGUCUCACAGGCUGCACCAGUGGUAGUGGGGAAUAAGAUGUGUAAGGGCUAGCUUCAAGCGAGAGCCUUCUUUCAAAGUGGUUUUUACUAAAGCCCCUGGGCUUAGAAAUGAGAAACUCUCUGUCUAUUAUAUUUUUCUAUUCUUGUUUUGCUAUUUUUACUUCUGGAAAGUGAUCUCUGUCUGAAAAGAGGCUUUCUCCUGGUUUUAACUCUCUCCCUAUUAACCCUCUCACACUGAAAGUUCCACCUUGUGUUCUCAACUUCCAACUCUGACCCAAAAUUAAAUCUCACAGUGGAAAUCCCAACUCUUGUACUUCUACUUCAAAAUAGUAAUUCCUUCUGCAGAGGAAACUCUAGCUGUUGCCCUGGAAAACCAGUGAGGCCCCACACUGGCUCUGUCCAGAUCUCAUAGCAAGCCUUGCUUCUUGGAGUCUAAGCUGAGGCUAAUGCAGUUGCUUCUCAGUACCUGGGUGUUGAAUCCCAGAUAAUGAAUGGCAGAAGUGUUUUGCACACCGCCUGUGCUUCACUAAUGGACAAUGGGUAAUCUAGACAGCCUUCAAGUAGGAGUAAGUCUAGCUCGAUUGGGAAUCCCUUUAUCCCCACUGUUUGCAAAGGAAGCAUGCCUUGCUGUCUUUUUAUAGUAGAGAUCCAUUGCUUGUUUUUGAAAUUCUUUGCAUUUUGUUUGUUGUAUAGAAAGAGUUCAAUACCGUGUAUUUCUACUUGUGAGAAAAGACUGAAGUUAUAAAUUUAAGCAUUAGAACAGAAACAGUAGUGUAGUUGGGUGAAUAAAAUUCAAUCAAAGACGUUGCGAAACACAAAAAUAAACACAAAGAUCAGCUUAGACUUUGAUAUUAUAUUUUGAAUACUAGAUGUCAAUCUGGGGGUUUUAGACAGUCUUUAAAUUUCCAGAAAUUGUCUUUUAUUUUUGCAUUUUGGACUAUAUGGCUCUAGAUAUUUUGAAUAAAGUUUUUUUAUCAUCUAAUUUUUUUAUUUCUGUUCUCAAUAACUCAAUUAUUAAGGUACAUAUGAAAUCACUAACCCUAACUACCUGACCAUGGAAUUCACAAACUAUAAACAAUCUGAAAUUCUUCUGUGCUCGGGGCCUCCCUAAAGACACACAAGAGUGGUGUGUGCUUCAAACAGUACAAAAAGUGGAAGGCAUUGCUGUAGCUACUUAUAAAAACCACAUGGCACAGGGUUAUUGUUCAUUUGUAUAUGUGUGGUGUGGUUAUAUGCAUGUGAGUGCAGGUGCCCUGGGGAUAAAGUCAUCAGACUGCCCUGGAGCUCUAGGCAUCCUGAUUCAAACUCGGGUUCUCUGCGAUAGAAUAUGCUCCUAACCACUGGGCCAUCCUUCCUGGGCCCGGUAAUACUUUUAAAACGCUGUUUCCAAAUUGUUCAUCAUUCACUUAUUCCUUUAAUCACUUAAAAUACUUUCCUCUCAGGAAAUUAUGUCAGUGCUAUUGUAAGUGGCCACUAAGUGUUGCUAUACAUCAAAAGCAAAUGAAAACAUGGGCAGCUAUGGAAGAUUCCAGAAUUUUUCCUGUCAGUGCCUCUGAAGUCUCAAAAUCUAGGAGCCAUAUUUUAAGAACAUUUUAUUAUUGAGAUAAACUCAUACUCAUAAACUCAAAACCAUAACUUGUAAAAAGUAUUAAAUUUCAUAGCUUUUAGUAUAUUUACAGGUUUUGAAGUCAUUACCAUAAUAUUUCAAUUUUGUUCAUUACCCCCAAAAUAAACCUAUGCACAUUUCCUUCUA